AAUAAAUUUUGUCAUGGUACAUCAUGACCUCAAAAGGUCAAAGGUCAUAAGAGUGCAGAUUUUUCUCAGUCUUUUUUUCUCUGAAAUACCAUAUAACGGGGAUUUUCUGCGGUUAUCCAUUUUUUACAGAUUAGAAAAGUUGGCAGAAAUUACAAAUGCAAUAUAUAUAUACAUGCAUAUAGGUACAUAAUAGAUAUAACGCAACUGCAGAAAUUGGAAACUCGGAAUAUGAUUUGCUACCAUUUGUGGAUCAAAUCACAAGAAUUAACAACUGCGGAAAAUACCUGUUACACUGUAUGAGGUAUGCUACACCAUAGAAAUUUGAUUGUUUUCCGCCACACUCAACAAUUUUUCAGUUAUAUGGUGGCGCCCAGUUGAGAGAACUCAGAUGCAAUGUACCUGGGAAAGAGACCACCGACCUUCUGAAAGUAAUCUGGGGAACUUCGUGAUAUGGAUGAAAAGCGGUGGUUAUGUGCAACAAUAUUUUGAAUUUGAAAACUGAAUAUACAUAAGCAUUGCACAGACGUGUAACUAACAUUUGCUUUAGAAUAAAGGAUAAGGACUGACUUAGUGAAAUUGAAACUUCCUUGCUAACAGUACACAACAAAUGACUAUUUUCCAAAGAACAAGGUACGGUUUUAGCUAAAAUCUGUCCUGUCAAUAAAAAUCCACCAAAAUACUAAAUCUGGUAUUCGAGAAUGUGCCAUUUAUGAUAUUCUUUAUAUGCCAGAGUACCUGUAAUAAAUUCAACGGAAAACUCUAUACUAAACUGACGACAUCACCAACUUUGACGUAAUGUACGAGAGUUUUCCCCAAGCGAUGUUUUGAGUAGGAAAAUGAAAACUAUCACACAGAAGUAUUCAUUUUUAAUAAAUGCGAAAUUAUUGGUUUUUGUACUGAUUAGAAUGGGUAUUAAAUGGAAAUUGAAACCACAUCAGAUAUGCCGCGCAGGGGCAAAACCUGCAGGUAUUCGCGGAAAGCUUUUCUGGUGCAGAAAUAUAAUGGUCUGAACACCAUUUAUUAAAUAAUUAGGCAAUUUUUAAACACCAAAUUCACAAUAAAGACUCUUGGUGAUCGUCUUAAAAUAUUUAGUAAAAUAUUUAAAGAAAAACUACCGUAUAACGAUAAAUCGGCGAAUAUGAAUAUCGGAUAUCGCGUAUGUCCCGGACUACAUGUACACCCACCCCAAUCGACGUGCUAACCUACGGAGCUACUCAACUAGGCAAUACUACUUGAAAUGAAUAGACAAAUAUUGCUUACAUUUAGAUUUUCAAUCAUGUUUUAAAAGGAAGUCGGCCAUUAUGACCAUGUAGAAUACCUCCUUAAACCACUUUUGAUACAAAUACCUCAACGAUGUAAAGACUUAUCUUCAAUGACUUAGAAUCAUAUAUGGCAAGAAAUAAGGCCUCUGGUUUUAAGUGAUUCUUUUGUACCCAAGGUUACAUGCUCAAUAUUUCUUGCUAUACUUGAAAUGUGGUAGAUUUCGUUUCGUUUUCCUUGUACCUGUAGAGGUGGGAGUCGCCCUCGUCAUUGAUUUCACUGUUUCCCUGUACAUGCUGUAUGAAUCGUCGUAGUAUUGAAUAAUGUUUAUAUGUGGGUGAUGCAGUGUACUCGAACACACACCUUUUUAUUAGCUAUAGUUUAAUUAGUUGUAGACUACAUAUCCAUGCAUUUGAUCUGAAUUGUAAACAUGUUUAUGUAUCCCUUGAUCUGUAUAUUACAUGUAUGUGAGUUUAUUGAUGUGAAUUGUAAACAUGUUAAUGUAUCUCUUGAUCUGUAUAUUACAUGUAUGUGAGUUUAUUGAUGUGAAUUGUAAACAUGUUAAUGUAUCUCUUGAUCUGUAUAUUACAUGUAUGUGAGUUUAUUGAUGUGAAUUGUAAACAUGUUAAUGUAUCUCUUGAUCUGUAUAUUACAUGUAUGUGAGUUUAUUGAUGUGAAUUGUAAACAUGUUUAUGUAUCCCUUGAUCUGUAUAUUACAUGUAUGUGAGUUUAUUGAUGUGAAUUGUAAACAUGUUAAUGUAUCUCUUGAUCUGUAUAUUACAUGUAUGUAAGUUUAUUGAUGUGAAUUGUAAACAUGUUAAUGUAUCUCUUGAUCUGUAUAUUACAUGUAUGUGAGUUUAUUGAUGUGAAUUGUAAACAUGUUUAUGUAUCCCUUGAUCUGUAUAUUACAUGUAUGUGAGUUUAUUGAUGUGAAUUGUAAACAUGUUUAUGUAUCCCUUGAUCUGUAUAUUACAUGUAUGUGAGUUUAUUGAUGUGAAUUGUAAACAUGUUAAUGUAUCUCUUGAUCUGUAUAUUACAUGUACAUGUAUGUGAGUUUAUUGAUGUGAAUUGUAAACAUGUUUAUGUAUCCCUUGAUCUGUAUAUUACAUGUAUGUGAGUUUAUUGAUGUGAAUUGUAAACAUGUUAAUGUAUCUCUUGAUCUGUAUAUUAUGUGAGUUUAUUGAUGUGAAUUCCAAAGAAUUUUAUUUUGUUUACCAUCGAUAUAAUUUAACUUCCUGGAACAUGCAUGGGUUGUACUUCUCUCGAAAGCGCUUCUUCGUUAAUCGAGUGAUCGGUGACGUUUUGCCUACAUUUUUCGCCCCAAGAACAGCAAUACGCACUAAACUUUAAACCAAUAGAUUCAUGAAGAAUUUCACAUUGGAAAUAUCUCUUGUGCACAGUACGUGUUAAUCAAAAGCAAAUGAUGAGAUGUUAUUUCAUCCAAUCAGAAGAAACCGAGGGGUAUAUAGGAAUAUACAGAGCAGAAGACAUUUACAAGGUUCAGUUCCACUUUAACAGUUGAAGAAACACUUAGCAAUUCAUUUUCUCAUAUUUUAAAUAUACAGCAUGGCGACCAACGCUAUGGAUACGUGUUUUCGAAUUGCUGUUCUUGGGGCGAAAAAUGUAGGCAAAACGUCAUUGAUCACUCGAUUAACGAAGAAGGACUUUCGAGAGAAGUACAACCCAACCAUCGAGGCAUUGUUCCGGUACGAUAUUCCAACCUCAGAAACCAGCUACACCAAAUUGGAGAUUCUGGACACGGCAGGCGACUUCGAAUUCCCGGACAUGUUGAGAACAGCUAUACGGAACAGCAAUGCUUUUACAUUGGUAUUCGACUUGAGUGAUCCUAUUCGAACUUUCAGAGAAGUUGAAACUUUGCGACAAUGGAUUUUUGAAGAGGGGAGAGAUGAAGUGCCCAUUAUUGUCAUUGGCAACAAAGCGGACCUGAAUUCUGAACAGGACACCACAGACAGCAAAAUUAUAGAUGCAAUCGUUUCUAUUGACUGGGGUUGUUCUUAUAUUACAACAUCCGCCAAAGAUGAUGUGAAUAUUUCGGACAUGUAUGAUGCUGUUUGUAAAGGACUCAACAUCAAAACUGAACCAAAACCAGUGAUAAAUGGUGGCUGUAAAAAAGAAACUUCAAAGAAAUUCAAAUUUAGGCGAUUGUCCUUAUUUUGAAGACUCUGUUAAAUCAUCCUAACUUGAUGUUUCUUACAAUAAAAUGUUUGCAACAAUA